UACGCCUCUCAGUCGCUACCACUGAUGGCUGCCACGCGCCAUCUCGAACGCCGAGCGUUGCACCGAGUUACCGGCUCUGUCAGGGGUGUCAAUUGGCGCCCGACACGAUUCGCCGACGAGGUCACUUUGAAUCGUUACGCCUGCAGUGUGUGCCACGUUCUUCCAAGCAAGACAGUCACGCUUCCCUGUUCGCAUGGCUUGUGCGGGCGGUGCCAAGCUGGCUGUGUCGUCCGGGGUGGAGGUGGCGUGUGUCCGCUGGAUGGAGAGCCCUUUCGCAAGGACGGGUUCCAGGAGGUGCAGUUCCCAGCCAGCAAGAAGCAGGACCUGAAGGCUUACUGCUGGAAUGAACCCCAGGGCUGCGAUUUCAUCGGCCCUCUGGCGGCGCUUCUGCAACACUACGAGGCGGAAUGCGCUUUUCGCGCGUUGCCGUGUCAACAGUGCGGAGAGAUUAUUGUUGAUGCUAAGCUGGCUGCCCACUACAUUGGCGGUUGCAGCAAGAGGUCGUCGUCUGCGACACCCCAGAAGUUCUCAAGACCAGGUGGCGCUGCAAUCGCUAUUAAUGACGUCACUAGGGUUCGGCGCGGAACCAGCGAGCCAGCGAGACGCCUUCGUGAGGCGGGUCGGAUCUCGACGCUUCAGCUUCGGGUCAACGAAAUCGUGGAGUUGGUCAGCAGCCUGAGCGCCCAGCUGGAAAUUAUGGAGGAGGACAUGAGGAAGCUGGAAGGGGCCAAACAAGCGGCUAACCUUGAGAAUGAGAACGGCAAGCGUGGCUAG